GUUUUGUUAGGACCGCAUCAAUAUGCAAUUAAAUUGCAACACUCACUGUCAUCUCAGUGUCUCUUAUCCAUGAAACAGCACGGUAGCAUUACGUGAGGCGCUUGCAUAAUUGUACAAUGAUAUCUUAAGUAAAAUGGACGAUUCCAUUGGCAUUUGAUUGAAUUUGAAAGUGUGAGACCAUUGACUGCUUUUAGAAAAGGAUGAGCGUCAUUCCAUUUUAAUUCGCUAUUUUAUUUUGCAUGUAUGAAGUAUAUGGACAUAUAGAGGUUACAAAGAAUGACAGCAAAAAUGUACACGGAUUUCAAACAAAGUUGGUGGAAAAACAAAGAACAGCAUUCUUGACCACAAAUGGCAAAUAUAAAAAUAGAAGAACAAGAAGACAGCAAACUAGUGAUGCUGAUAAUUUCUGGUUUGAAAUAAUAGAUGGUGCAAAGAAAGAUUACAGUGAAACCCUUUUUUCAAAAAUUACAGACAGAAAAACAAAAUUGGGACCCAUGAAAUUUACUUGUAAAUGGGAUAACAAAGAAAAUAGACAGGAACAGUUUGAAGCUGCAUUCAUCGAGUUUAAAAAGCCAGACCGUGAGGCAACUUACAGGGAGUAUGAACGAAUUGUAGCUAUGAAUAAAGAUGAACAAAUUCUAUGGUCAGAUCACUUGUCAUGGCCUAAAAAAUUCUUCUCAGAUGGUGAAAAAUAUAACACAGCUGUUGGAAAGAUAUCAAACUCAGAAGCAUAUCUUGAUAUUUAUGCCUCUAGAAUGAAGUGUGACAAUGAACAAGGAUGGUAUAGAUGUACUGUGUUUGUCAAGAGACCUGGAAACAAUAUUAGAUAUCAAACCAGCAGUAAGAAGUGGAUGUUAAUUCCUUGUAUGGUAAAGUAUGGUAGAAUGAAAUCAAAGGUUGCUUGGGGUACCGGUGGAUCAGAUUCUCAUAAUCUUGAUCAAUUCUUUUUUGAAAUGAAAUCCAUUUCUGGUGAUAUAUUAAAAAAAAGAUCCUCUCAGAAAUUAGUAGAUGUGAUCGGUCGACCACACACAUACAAAUAUAAAAAGUUUACAAAAACAAUAAGACUUCAUGAGUGUAGACCAUCUAGUGGAGUAAUGCAAAAAGCAACAUACAUACUGGGUUUUGUGUUUGAAUUUAAAAAAAUCGGUGAGGAAUUCUAUCAGCCAAUAGCAGGAAUAAAUGACAGAGGAAAUAUUGUUUGGUCAGAAUCUGUAUACUGGCAGCAAAAUUAUCUAUGUAAAGUAGGAAAAACAAGAUGUCCGACGGCUUAUGGAUCAGUUACAGAAAAUCCAUCUUUUACAUUAGUAACAACUGAUUGUAAGAAAUAUGAAGGAUAUUAUAAAUGUCACGUCUUUGUUCAGUUUGCUGGUUCUCCUGCAUCAGAACAAAUUGAAUCUGAAGUCCUUCUCAAGUCACCAGAUUGUGGUGCAAAAGAAUCAAAAAGUCAGCCUGAAAUCCAAGUAAGCGACAGUUUAACAGAAGAAGAGGACAAGACACAAUUGCCACCACCUAUUGACAAAGAGGAAGAUUACACAGACAUUUACAUAGGAGUUGGUGUUGGUACUGUAUUACUGCUGAUCCUAGGUUUCUUAUUUUGGAGUACAAAGAAAAAAAUGCAAGAGAGCAAAGACAAAGAACAAAAAAUAAUGCUGUUACACAAAGAAAAAAUGGAAAAACAAAAAAAGGACCAAGAGGAACUAAACAUGGACCAAGGAAGUAAACAAAAGGAGCACAAAAAUAAAAAAUCAUCCAAACAUAUUAAUAAGAAAUCAUCCAAACAUAGGUCAAAGGUAAAGUGAAAAUGGAAAACAUGUGACAAAACUUUUGUUUAUUUUCUGUUGUUAUAUUUGAUAAUAAAUGAAUUAAGCAAG